ACGAGGCCGGAGUAGUCGCGGGACAGCCAUGGCGGAGCCGGAGGCCUUGAGUGAGGACUUGGACGCCCUCAUCGACGAUCUGGACUACCUCCCAGGCCACUUCCACCUGGAAAUGCAGCUGAACUUCGAGCCGUGCUCGCCGACCCAGCUCCGUGCCAGGGACUUGAAGCUGCAGCGGGAGGGCCUGCGACAGGAACUCAAGCUUGCAGCCGCCCCGCAGCGUCCUGCCGUGCGCCACCUCCUGGGCGCCUUCGCCUUCUACCUGGAGGAACUGGACGAGGCCCGCGAGCGCUUCCUCGAAGUAGCUCGCGAUGACCCGGGCAACCUUAACGCCUGGGCCAAUUUGGCACACGUAUACGGGCGGCUGGGACAAGAGGAAGAGGAGGAGGAGUGUGCCGGUCGACUGGCCGCUCUCAUGGGCCUGGAGGCGGGUCCAGAGACCACCGGGGACCCCCAACUUCGUGCAGCGCGCUGCCUGGCGGAGCAGGGCUACGCGCACGGCUUCGACGUCGGCUGCUCUAGCCGGGAGGAGCGCGCGCAGGUGCUGGCGGCUGGCAUCGCACUCUAUGACAAGGCGCUAGGCUAUGCGCAGCAGGUCCCGAUGGAAGAGAAGAGGGGCUGGUACUUCACCAUGGCAACACUUUUCAUCAGGCUAGAUGGCAUCUUCCUGGAGCUGGGCAGUGAGGAGCAGAAGCGGCUGCCCGCCUUCAACCGCACACUGGCUCUUCUCCGACAAGUCCUGAAGUCCUCAGACCCCCACCACCGAGCUCUAGCCUGGUGCUACCUGGGAAUGCUGUUGGAGAGACAGCACAGCUUCUCCACCACCCCCAUGGGCGUCCACGACUGUGGCUACUCCGGAACUGACCCCCUAGAUUGCUUCGGCAAGGCCAUCGAGAUUGCUAAAGACCACCCCCUGAUCCUGAAUCGCCUGGCCAAAAUCUUCCACUUCCUAGGAAAGCAGGAUAUGGCCAUUGGAACCUGUAACAUGGCGCUCGAUGUCCUACGCAAUCCGGAGCUCAACUGGCAGGCUUACUGCACAAGGGCUAAGAUCCACAUCAAAGCCUACCUACAUGACCUGGAGCGGGCCAAGAUGGGGCUUGGGGGCAUGCCUGACAGGAACCACCUGGCCUGUGCCAAGGCUGACCUUGAGGAAGUGGUCAAGGUGUGCCCAGGCCUCAAGACCUACCUGGACAUCGGCCAGGUGUACUACUACAUGGGCGUGGACGCAGUGCAGGAGCUGAUGGCAGUGGAUGAGGCGGCGCUGAACCAGGCACUGGUCUUCCUAGCCAAGGCCAGCGAGUCAGAGUUGGGUGCGAUGUUGCCAGAGCUGCAGCUGCUUCGGGGCAAAUGUCUGCGUAUCAAGGGCGAGGAGGCUAACGCAGCAGCCUGCUUCAAGCGCGCCGUGGAGCUGGACGACGAGGGCUCCAGCCACACUGAGGGCUUCGGCUGCCUGCUUGAGGCGCUGCUGGCACAAUGGAGCCAGGCGCAGAUGAGCGACAGCGAGCUGGGCAGCGAGGUGGAUGUGUGGCUGCGCCGCGCCCAGGGCAAGUACCCGGCUGCGCGCCUGCGCCAGGAACUCCAACGCGUGUGGCGCGGCCACACGGACGAGGUGCUGGGACUGGCCCGCGCCCUAGUAGCGCAGGGCCGGCUGGCGCUGGUGCGGCUGCUCUUCGAGGCCAUGGAGCUAGAGGGCGAGGGCACAGCCGAGGGUGCGGCGAGAGGCCACCGGGCACUCUCCUUCUGA